UAGGGUCGACCGCAGUGCACAUCUGGUUUGUUUACAUACAUCAACUGUUCGUGUUCCAGCACGGGCGAAAGCUGGGCUGCAUUUUCUACGCCGUUGCACUUACGCAGAGCUAAGUGUGUCAGUAUUAUUCCCACGCAAAAAAAGAAACAAAAAAAAAAAAACAAGGAACGACUGUUCUGUACGGGUACUAUAGUGUUUAGUGUUUUGGUGCUGUGUUGUUCAAUGCUUAUCAUCCGCACGUGCAUCGGUACCAUCGCAACGGUAGUAAAGUUGCACACUGCACCAAGCAAACCAGCGAAGCGAAGGUGCAUCUGCAGUAGCACUGCACCAGCAUCAUUUGCAUUCCGGUGAAAGUGGCCAAGGGGGUUGUGUGCAUGCAAGCAGGAGCAGCAACACGCUCACCAACAUUCCAGCGAGAUCGGUCCCAGUAGCCGUAGUAAAGUAAAGUAAUCGCCGUGCAGGAGCGCCCUUUUUCGGCCCACCUCUCUCCUUUCCUUCCCUUUCUCUACGUACUGUUGCGAGCCCAACAACAACAACAACAACAAAACGGUGGUCGUCUUAAGGGUCAGCCGAACCCCCUUAAUGCGCUUCUCGCUGCGUCCGUUCUCGAAUACUGGCGUAAUGCUCGACUUCAGCUUUACGCUGUUCGUGUCGGUGCUGCUCGGGCUGGGGCUGAUGUGGCUCGCCGGGCGGUACUUCCUGAAGGAGGACGUCGUGUACAUACCGGACAACUGCCGCCGCCACGCCUGGAAGUCGGUGAAGCUGCUGGCGCGCAGCUGCGUCUGUUCCGUGUGCGAUACGUCCAUGUCCUCCAAUGGGCAUUUCUGCGAAAGCUGCGGCGUCUGCUCCGACAACGGGUGCGUGCGCAAGGCGGACGAGAAGUUCCCCUGCAAGCAGCUACGGAUUCGUACGCGGGCGGACGACGGCUCCACCUGUCGGCACCUGUGGGUCAAGGGCAAUCUGCCGCUCGGGUCGGAGUGCUGCGUGUGCCGGGAGGAUAUCGAUCAGACCUCGGAGCUGGGGCUGUUCGGGCAGCGGUGUGCCUGGUGCCAGCGGAUGGCACACGAUAAGUGCUUCAGCGAGGUGUCCUCGACGCUGUGCGAUUUUGGCCCGUUCAAGGAGAUGAUCUUUCCGCCGAAAUGCAUACUGGCGUCGCGCAGUAAAGUCGCCCAGAAGGUGCAUCUGACCGGGAUUAUACCGCCCGAAUGGAAGGCGAAUUGGCGACCACUGAUCGUGGUUGCAAACUCCAAAUCCGGCAGCAGCGGUGCCGACCAGGUCGUGGCCCUCAUGCGCGGCAUCCUUCAUCCGCUGCAGGUGUUCGAGCUCGGUCAGCACGGGCCGCACGAGGCCCUGCAGUGGGCUAUACACGCGGCGCCCACCCGCUGCCGCAUACUGGUUGCCGGUGGUGACGGCACAGUAGGCUGGGUGCUGAACACCAUCUUGCAGAUGAAGGUUGAGCCACAUCCGGAGGUGGCCAUACUGCCGCUCGGCACCGGCAACGAUCUGUCGCGCGUGCUCGGAUGGGGUGCCGAAGGGCCGGACGAGUUCGAUCCGAUCGAUUACCUGACGCGCAUUGCGCAGGCGGAAACGGUACAGCUGGAUCGCUGGCUGGCGGAAAUCAACACACACUCCAGCUUGGCAAGGUUUCACGUGCCCGGUUUCAGCCAGUCGCGCCACUUUUACAUGUACAACUAUCUGUCGGUCGGGGUGGACGCGCUGGUCACACUCAACUUCCACAAGGCGCGGGAAAGUUCGUUCUAUCUGUACAGUAGCCGGUUUGUGAACAAGCUACUGUACCUUUGCUUCGGCACGCAGCAAGUGGUGCAGCAGGACUGUGUGGAGCUGGAGAAGCACCUGGACCUGUACCUGGACGGUGUGCGCAUCGAUUUACCGUCCCUGCAGUCCGUCGUCGUUCUGAACAUCGAUUCCUGGGGUGCCGGCGUUAAGCUAUGGGAGAUGAGCAAAAACUCUCCCACGCACAGCAUUAUGAAGGAAAUUCACAGCAUUUCCGACGGCAUUUUGGAGGUGUUCGGUGUGGUUUCGUCCUUCCACAUAGCUCAGCUGCAGGUGGGCCUCAGCAAGCCGGUCCGCCUCGGGCAGGCAAAAAGUGUGCGCAUCGUCCUGAAACGAACGCUCCCGAUGCAGGCGGACGGUGAACCGUGGAUGCAAUCGCCCUGUGAUAUUAACAUUCAACACUACGGCCAAGCGACGAUGCUUAAGGACGUAAAGAAUUGAGCCUUUGCGUACGCAAACUGCCAUUCACGAAUACUUAAAAAAAGGCGGAUCGAACUUAAGCUGUUGAUCGAACCACGCUCCACUCAACACGAAUCUCCAAACACGUGUUGCUCUCUCGCAUAUUAUUAUUACUGUAGCGUAGUAGUGUAGCGUCGCGCCUCACGCAAACGGGUUAUUAUUCGCGAACCAAGGAAUUGACGGAGAAGCCAAAGUCCAUAUUUAUUGUUGAAUUUUCGCACGUGUCUGUGCGUCGUGUGUGCGUGUGUGUGUGUGUGUUUGUUGAGAAUGUGUGUCAGUGGGUAAUCUUUGCUUGCGCUCAGUAUUGAAUCGAAGCAACCCACGUUUUUCUUGUUGUUCCACCUUCUCACUAUAUAAACUUAUUAGGUUGUAUAACCCCCUUCUUCGAGUAUAAUAUGUAUCAAAGCAGAAACCACCUUAAUAUUAAUCCCACGGAAAGGAACAGUUUACUCGCUGUGUACACUUUUAUAUCUGUUAAAAAUUCCACCACCGUGGUACUUUGUACUCGCGCCAAACUAACGUUUUUUAAGCUCUCGCUGAAUCACUGAAACUGCGGCUCAACACACUGAUCUCAUACACACUUAAUAUUUAACAUAUAUACAUAGAACUACGCCGAAAUAAUCGGCCCGCGCGAAGAACUGCAUAAUCUUGCUGCAAAUCUUGUUAUUGACCCGGGCGAGGGGAAAUGAUUUUACACACGCCCAGCCAAAGUGUGCGUAAUUAGCUUAGCUUAGGUUCUAGAGGGCGGCGAGUGGUGAUGGGGACGCUUCCAUUUGCUCUACCAAAUAUCAAUAAUAUUUACCAAGCGCCCCAGGAAGCCGUCGGAUGGAUGUCGGAAGCAGAAGCCACGGCGUCUGAAGGCAAAAGAUUCACUGAUAACGGCGUUGUUGCUAGUGAUUGUAACACAGUGCGACAGAAUAGAAGGUAAACAAACAAUGUCCACCCUUCCACACCACCAGCCGCGGCAUUGAAGGAAAGGCGUAAUAAUAAUAUUAAGUCGUAUGCGGCUGCGUAUGAGCAUUUUCGUGCGCACUUAUUGUGACCAUGAACGGAAGAGGAAAAGAAUAGAACAGUGCAGAGGAGGCGAUAUGUAUAUGUAUAAAAAAUGAUACCAAAUUUAUUACACUUUCUACUUACAGUAUAAUUGCAUACGCUAUCGUGCUCGCGUGCGCGUACGUGUGGUAGGGGCGGGGUUAAGGAGAAGAGGGGGGUCGAUAAAUAAAUGCACCAUCUGCACCACCGUUCGGUAGUGCAUCACUGCAAUAACUUACACAAUUAAGGGGCCGUUUUUUCAUACAAUCAAGCGUUUUUUGUGGUAUCCCAGCCAGGAAGAGCUCGGGAACUCGUGCGAUGUGCGAAGUUUCGAAAGAAUAAAAA